UAAGGCAACGCCCUGCGGCACCCAACUACUCCCGAGUCCCGGGUUCCAACCACCGCGUCCACUCUCGCCACAGGCACAACCAAGAACUCGCGAGGAAGAGGGGAGAGAGCUCACGGGACGGAGAGAUCGACGAUGGCGGUGCCGAACGAGGCUCCCGGCGGCGUUGUCGAGCGACCGGUGAUGAGGAAAUCGGCAUGGAGCAAGGACGAGGACGCCGUGCUGCGGGAGCAGGUGCGGCUGCACGGCGCGCAGAACUGGGUGAGCAUCAGCGCCACGCUUCCCGGGCGCAACCACAAGUCGUGCCGCCUGCGGUGGUGCCAGCACCUGGCCCCCGGCGUCGACGACGUCAAGCCCUUCACGCCCGAGGAGGACGAGAAGAUCAUCAGGCUCCAGCGCCUGUACCCCAACAGGUGGUCCACCAUCUCGGGCUUCCUCCCGGGCCGCACUGACAACGCCAUCAAGAACCGCUGGAACUCCGUCCUCCGCAAGCAGCAGCAGCAGCAGGCGGCUCCCCGCCGUCUCGAGGAUGGGACGCUCCCGCUGUUUCCUCUGACGCCCGGGAAUGUCCGGAAGAGGGUCAGAGACAGCCCGGUGCUCCACUACUACCCGCCCACGGAGACCAGCGACACGGGGGACGAUCAGAGCGGCGCGUGCCUCGAGCUGUUCCCGCUGGCGCCCGGGGAUCUCAUCAGGGGCAACAAUGCGAGCGACGCGGCGGCGACGGAUGUGGAUUACGGCGCCGAAGACCCGCUCACCGAGCUGAGGCUCUGGCCGUCCACGAGGGCCACGACGAUGGCGGCUUUCAAGGCGAUGGUGCAGGCUGUUCGGGCGACCUAGAUUCUGUAGUCUCGCCUUAAUAUUUGCUGUUCUGUAAUUUGUUGCACGUUGAUUUCUGACGAAUUCCU